AUGUCGGCCCGCCGCUCUUGGGCGGACAUGAGACCGGGAAGCCUGGUUUGCCAGCUCGCAGCUUUCCUGUUCUGGUUGCCCCACCGAGCUUGGGGCCAAGGCUUCGGCGGCUACACGCCCCCUGCGCCCAACUGCCCGGCUUUCAGCUGCCCAGCGGGCCAGCUGGCAGUGGGCAGGGAGGAUGUCGAAAUCGUUAGUUAUGGAUGCAAGGAGGCGGGCCUCAACGUCUUGAGCAUGAAAGACUUUGAUCCCUCCAACCCCUACGCUGGUAUGAACCAGAUGGGCAAAAACUUGAACAAGUGCUGUCUCGAGCGAGACAUUUGCAAGCAAACUUGUGGGAUGAGCUCAAAGGAGUGCCACGACAGCUACCAGAAAUGUCAGCAGAAGGUCUGCAAAGGCGAUCAGAAUUGCCAGCUGCAGGCCAUGGUAGCAGACUUUUCCGGAGAUCCUUACGACACUGACAAGGCUGAAAAAUUCGACGAGAAGAAGUACGACCCUAUGGAGUCCAAGUGCCGGUCGUACUCCGCGGCACAAUCAGCGGUGUGCCAAUGCGUUCCGCGUGAAGAGGCACAGGCUGCAAAUGCCAGGAAGCUUCAGGCCUUCUACAAGAAGUUCAACCCGGAGAAGCUGAGUGACAGUGGUGAAAUCAAAGAUGUGGACGAGGUUUGGAAGAAAUGGAAGGGAAAGGAAGCCUCCAUGUUCAUGGCGCUUGCCACCAAGUACAAAGACAAGGCCGUCAGGAUCAAGGAGAAGCCGAAACCGCCUCCUUACGAGCCUCCCUCCACAUCCCAGGCUCCAGACAAAGAGCCCGCGCCUGCGCCUGCGGCUGCAGAGGAGACCUCCGAGGAUGACGAAAGCACGGCCUAUGAAGCUGAGCUGAAGGACCUCCUGGAGAAAAAGGAGGCCGCCAAAGCCGAGGAGGAUUUUGACAGGGCGGAGCAGCUAAAAGACCAGGUGCAGCAGCUCAAGGAAAAGGAGCUAGCGCGGCUGAAGGAGAAGAAGGAUGAAGCUCUUAAGCAAGAGAAAUAUCUGGAGGCCGCAAAGCACAUUGCCAAGACAACUGUAAACGCUGCGUCGCAGCACUUCGUGCUUGUCACCCAGAAGAGGCAAUAUGUCUUCUCGCAAUGGACAUCUUUCUUAGAGCUCAUUGAGCGGGCCUUGGAUACCGCACGGAUCCAGCACAGGCGAUUCGAUGGGUCAUUGAGCUUAGAGGAACGUGCUCACCGCGUCGCGUGGCUGAGUGAGCCUGCAGUGACAGGCAAUGGAGCGCGAGUGCUUUUGGCAGGUUUGAAGUCUGGAGGAACUGGUCUCAACUUGGUUGCAGCCUCCCGGCUCUACUUGCUGGAUCUUUGGUGGAACCCUGCUGUCGAGGAGCAAGCCAUCCAGCGAGUGCAUCGAAUUGGCCAGAAACAAGAAGUCCACAUCUACAAGUUCGUCGUGGAGGACACCAUCGACUGCGACUUGCUGCAGCUUCACCGUGCCAAAGAGCGCCUGCUGGAAGAC